AUGGCACCAAAAGCCUCCAAAUCUCCAAAAGCUCAGCCUAGAGCUCCAGAGCCACCAAAAGAAUACCCCUCCAUCUCCGCCCUCCAGCAAGAUCUCUACCAGUCCUCGCGGCCUUUUCUCACGCUCGCACAAACCAAGAGCCUGACAUCACUUACACCCACCGAGAAAUCUGCAUACGCAAACUCCCGCUUUCUUGAGACAGGCGUUUGGAAAACCUGGCCUUCUCCGCAGCAGAAGGAAUUCUGGGCCGCUGUCGAGAAACAGAAUAUCCCUAUCCCACUACCACAACCUAGAAACCUUGGGAAGGAUAGUAGAGGGCAGGAACUGGGGACUUACAAAGUAGAGGAGUACGCCCAGUAUAGGAAAAGGGAACGGCAGUUGCAGGAAUUGCGGAGGGAGAGUGUGCGGUUUAGAGACCGGAGGGAAAAGAUACCGGAAGGGGAGACCUUUGAGGGAGCUGUUGAGGACGAAAAAAAUAGAAGAAAACUUAUUGGGUUACUCCAGGGAAAGAGAAUGGGGUUUUAUGAAGGCAAUCCGGAGUGGGAUGAUGUGGUGCCUAUACCGCAGGAUGAUGGGGAAGGAGCAUUAGCUCAAAUAGCAUAUACGGACGAUUACGCCGAAGCAAUGGGCUACCUCCGCGCAGUAAUGGCAGCAAAAGAACACAGUCCUCGUGUCCUCUGCCUCACCGAACACAUCAUCUCUCUCAACCCCGCUCACUACACCGUCUGGCUGUACCGGGCAUCCACGCUCUUCUCCCUCCAAUCAUCACUUACAGAAGAACUAGCAUGGGUAAACGAAACCGCGCUCGAAAAUCAAAAGAACUACCAGAUCUGGCACCACCGCCAACUGCUCAUCGACCAUCUAGUCCAAACCAUCUCUCCGGAAGCCAUCAAGUCCUUAGAGGAAAGUGAGAGGGAUUUUAUGACGCAGAUGUUUGAGCAGGAUGGUAAGAAUUAUCAUGUGUGGUCAUAUCGCCAAUACCUAUGUUGGAAACUAGAUAUGUUCAACGAGACGGAGCUGAGGUCUAUUGAAGACUUGCUGCGUAGGGAUGUGAGGAAUAACAGUGCAUGGUCGCACCGUUUCUUCGUCGUAUUCUCAGACCCCAAAUACGCGACGCGGGGCUCAAAAGCUACAGAGCACGAUCCUAAGAUUCCUGAUGGGGUGUUAAAGAGGGAAAUCGAGUUCGCGGAAGCGGCUACUUUUGAGGCUCCGCAGAACCAAAGUCCGUGGAACUACUUGAGGGGCGUGCUGAGGAAAGGUGGGAGGAAGUUGGGGAGUCUAGAGUGGUUUGCGGGGGGAGGUGAGGAAGAGGAUGUUAAGAGUAGUCAUGCGCUUGACUUGUUGGCUGAUAUUUGGGCCGAGAAGGGGGAGAAUGUCAAGGCGGAUAAGGCGUUGAGGUUGCUGGGCGACAAGUACGACAGGGUGAGGAAGAAUUAUUGGGAUUGGAAGAGGAUGGAGUUGCAGGAAGGUGAGGUUAGGGGUGUUGCGGAGAAGGUGGAUGAGUUGAAGGUUGGAUCUCAAGGAUGA